AAUAGAUUUGUACUAACUCAGUUUCUGAAUGUCUUUCAUUCUGUGCCACAUACUUCUUGUGUUGUAGAAAUAUAUUUAAUCUCUGCAAAUAAACAAACAUGUUUUUACUUCAAGAGUCAUUGCGCCCCAGAGGGACACGAACUAGAUUGUGCCACAGCUAAAACACCGCACAGGACAUUCAGAAAUAUGAUACAUCUCAAUAUUUUCUAUGCGUUUUAACCUGAAACCUAUACAUCACGAGAGAGCAGUUACAGUCUGUUCUGGAGCACAAUGAGUUAAUCCAUUCAUUUGCGCGCACCGAACCAAACGCAGCUUCUCACAAUCUACCCGGUCCGUUGAUGAUGGCCGGUGACGACAGUGAAGGAGCCUCUAAAGAAAGCACCGAGAUGGAAGAGCAGAAUACAGAGAGUGGCACUAUGAAGGUUGAUUUGGAGGCCCGGAACUGCAGUUCUGCAAUCCACUGUCAUAAUGUGUGCCGAUCGUAUGGGAAACUUAAAGUCCUCAACAAUCUGAACCUUACAGUUCCACAGGGCCAAAUUUAUGGGCUGCUGGGCCCAAGUGGCUGUGGGAAGACCACCCUGCUGAAGUGCAUUGUGGGAACUCUGAAGAUCUCUCAUGGCCACAUCACAGUGUUAGGAAAACCGCCUGCUUUUCCAGGACAUGAAGUGCCAGGGAGGAUGGUGGGGUACAUGCCACAGGACAUAGCUCUGUACAAUGAGUUCACUAUUUGCAACACACUGUGGUUUUUCGGUCGGAUCCAUGGUCUUUCAUCCAAAGAAACAGAAGCCAGAGUAAAUUUCCUCAUCAACUUCUUGGACCUGCCACAGAAAAACAGUCUUGUCCGAAAUCUCAGCGGAGGCCAGCGGCGACGUGUUUCUCUUGGAGCGGCUCUACUUCAAAACCCACAACUUCUGAUCCUUGAUGAGCCCACAGUAGGAGUGGACCCUGUUCUCCGUGCCAAGAUAUGGCAGCAUCUUGUGGAAAUUGUGAGAGAAGGACAAGUUUCUGUUAUCAUUACAACGCAUUACAUCGAGGAGGCCAGACAAGCCAACACGGUGGGUUUGAUGAGGAAUGGUCAAUUGUUAGCUGAAGGUCCCCCAGAUGCUGUAAUGAAGCAACACAAUGCAUUAACAUUAGAGAGUGCUUUUUUACAACUUUGUGAGGACUCUGAUCAGUUGGGGUCCAAACAGAGUCCUCAGGACCGUCUCCUGGACAGCAGACCGUCUCCAGACAAUAUGAGCGAUGAAAGUAGAGAGCCCAUACUGAGAAAGAGUUUAACAGAGGAAAUGCCCAAAUUUAAAGCUGACUGGAAGGUGCGAGCCAGACACGUCAUACCAAAAUGGCGCAACAUUGCAGCUCUCAUGAUCAAGACAAUGGUUCGAAUGAAAAGAAUGCCAGGGUCAUUGUGUUUCCAGUUCCUGUUGCCAGUAAUUCAGAUCUGUCUGAUGUGUCUGUGCAUUGGCGGAGACCCCAAAGGCAUCGAUGUGGCUGUGGUCAAUAAUGAAAGUGGCUCCAGCAGCUACAGCAGAUCACUGCUGUCCUUUCUUGACAACACUAGUAUCAACCAGGUGGCCUUGUCUCAUUCUGAGGCGUUUGCUGGUAUCCAUAAUGGGGAAUAUUGGGGCAUCAUAGAAUUUGGUGAGAAUUUCACCAGCUAUCUAACCAAAAGAAUGUUGCAGCCCAGAGUUUCUAGAGAUGUGGUUGAAGGAGGAUCUGUGCAUGUUUGGCUUGACCUGACAAAUCGACAGAUUGCCAUAAUGCUACAGAAAAAGCUCCAUGAGGCUUUUGAGGCUUUUAUCGAGACUAAACUGGGGAGUUUGUCAUACAUGGUGGCCGUCCCUAUAAAAUUUGAAGAACCUAUAUACGGCAGUAAGAAUACAGAUUUUACAACAUUUGUGACCCCAGGAGCGGUUUUGAGCAUCACAUUUUACCUAGCAGUAGGUUUGACUGCUCUGUCCUUUGUGUUAGAGAGGAAGGAGGGGCUGCUGGACAGGUGCUGGGUGGCAGGUGUAAGUUCUUUGGAGACCAUGCUGGCCCACCUUUUCUCACAGCUCUUUGUCAUCAGUGUUCAGAUCAUCCUUUUACUGAUCUUCAUCCUGCUGGUCUUUAAAAUUCCCAAUGAAGGAUCUUUGGUUCUGGUGAUUGCAUUGAUUGUGCUGCAGGGUGUGACUGGAAUCUCAUUUGGCCUGGUCAUCUCCUCUGCUAUCGAUGACGAGCAGUCGGCCAAUCAGGCGGCUCUUGGCAUCUUCUACCCCAAUCUCAUCCUUAGUGGCAUCAUCUGGCCGGUCGAGUGUAUCCCGUACCCCUUGCGUUAUUUGAGUAUGGUUCUACCCCAGACUUAUGCGUCUGAGGCGCUGCGCUGUAUCAUGUACAGAGGUUGGGGUUUGACCCGCAUGAUGGUUUGGCGAGGCUUUGCGGUCACUCUGGGCUGGAACACGUUCUUCAUCAUGCUGGCAACAAUCAUUCUCAAACUGAGAACAUGAGGGGCUCUGCCAAGCAAAUGUGCUUCAGACUGGAGACGGUGGCGUCAGGCGAGACCCAGGCUUUAUCAGCACAGGCCUCUCUUUGCGUAUUGAGGAUGAAAGAUGAUUGACACAUGGACCUGAUCCUCUCUCUUUUUAAAGAUGCCACUUAUUUAAGAAUGGCCAAUCAGGUCUCUCCUCCUGAGGACCGUGACCAUGAAACUCAGGCUUUUCUGAGCCAUUUAAGAGAUCAGUCGAUCCCAGCACAACUUUUGUCCAAAUUUACAAAUGUCAUGUUUAUCUGGAGAGUGAGACGUAUUAGUUCAUUUGAGUUUUCUGUUGAGUUUUUCAAAGAAGAAAAAUCAGUCAAACAAACAGAAGUGGAGACCAUGCUCAACACGGUUACAGCUGGCUUUUUGAAUCCUGACUUUCCAUAUCCUUCUCAGAACUGUUUUCCUCUGCGAUAUGUAAUAAUGUACUGAAUGUACACACUAGUUUCUGUAUGCUUGAGUCUUUCAGUUGGUUGUGUGUGCCGUACACCUGUACCCCUUUUUAAAAAACCCUGAUACUGAUGAACCAAUAUUACUUGCUUGCUGGGUAGUACAGUGCAUGAUUACUCCUUUCCACAUUUUUGUUUUUCUUAUUCUUUGUCUUUGUUUUUUUAAGCCAAUAUUUUUACAAGUUACCAGUUAGCGUGUUAGUCAUGCAUCAAGUGCCAUAAAGGAAAAUGAAGAAAUAAUGCAAAUGUUUACAUUUGAGCACAAAGCAGGCCAAAGGUGAACCUGCAGUCAAUGUUCAGCAGUCUAAGUUUUAGUCUUGUUAACUUUAUUCGAUAGCCAGCACUAGCUAAUACAGACCCAUGAGUUUGUAUAUAUAAGCGUGCAAUAUUUUACGGGGAAAUGCAAAGUAAUGUUUUAUAUAUUGUGAUAAAAAUGUAUUGGUUUCGGCUAAAUAUCUCUAAUGUAGUAGGGAUGCACAAAUAGGAUUUUUUUGGCCGAUACAGAUUUUAACAAUCAACUAUCAUCUGAUACCGAUAUUGGUCAACUGGAUAAAAAACUAGCUAGUUUUUCUGCAUUAAAUAAAUUUUACUGAACAUGGAUCUAUUUAACAAUUUAAAAGAGGCACAAGUUAAUAUAAAAAUAAGACAACAUGAAAAUCUUCAAAUGUGAUUUUUGCUAUCCAAAAUUGAUUAUAUUAAGAACAUGAACUCAUAUUUGACAUAUUUAACAUGUCUUUAAUAAAAUUAAAUGAAGUCCGUGCUUUUGCUAUUUAAUUAUUUGUAUUAUUCCUCCAUGCAGUUUAUUUAUAAACCAUCGAUAUCGGCCUUGCUGAUGCUAUGAAACCAUAUGACGAUGGUGUUAAAUUAAUCCAAUAUCGGCCGAUUAAUCGGUGCAUCCCUAAAAUGUGUGGGUAUCACUGUCCUUCUGGAGCUUAAGCCGAUUGUUUUGUUUCCAUAUUUCUUCUUUGGAUCUUGAAGUUCAACAUUAUUUGUUUUAUACCUUUUUUUGUAAGUCUCUAUAGCCAGACUGAACAAUUCUACUCUAUACUUAAAGCUGAAGUGUGUCAUUUGUAUGUUACAUUUGAUCUUUUUAUAACUAAAAUGUAGAGACAACUAUAAAAAAAAACAUUUUAUGCUUAUGUGUGGCCUAAAGAUGGUGGCUAUAUUUACAUAAUAAUAUUUAAUAAUAAAAAAGCUUUUC